AUGAAGAGUCACAUCUUCUUUGCAGUUUCAUUAAAAGGCAUAGCUGCCUCCCCGGGGCAGGAUCUUGCACCGAGGGAAGCAGAGACGUACUGUAUGACCUAUCUCCCUACUGACCUCGUUGCGAUUCCAAACAAGGAUGGACGCUCCAGUUCAAUCGAUGGAGAUGACGAAGCACCGGAUGGAGGAGACAGUGAGACCGCCAGGCUUCCUUUGGCUCCGUCACUUCGUCCAACUUUUGGAGAGAAUACUUCCAUUGCAACUACAAGUACAAGCCAAGGAGCCCCGCCGUCAGGCGCGGUUACCAAGGGCUUUGCUUCGACUGGAACAUCGCUUAGCUUCCAAAACGAUGACUUGCUGAAUGGAGAGGCAGGCUUUUGUCAGACAUCUAAUGGAGAUGUUUAUAUCACGUUUACUUCUGCUCCGCCUGGCUGUACACCAGUCACCCUUGGUGUUUAUGGCGUUUCUCGAUGUCAGAAUGACAAACUCGUUGGCGUGGAUUAUGCUAGCUCUAUUUCCCCUACGACUAUAACUGAAGAGAGUACUAUCGUGUCGGAAGAAGCUAUCACCUUGUCUUCUGAAGCUGUCGAGCCACACACCUCCAGCUUUGGAGUGACAACGCUCCAGCCCCACCUGGCAUCAUCCUACGAAACGCCGUCGAGCAUUAAAGACGUGGCCUCCACUACGUCGUCCGAGUUUGAAGAUCCAGCCAGGGACACCCCUGUCUUAUCAACAUCCGAUUCAUCGUCAUCCGAGCUUGCCGAAUCUACCUCCGUCUUGGAUAGCACUUCAACCACUUGA